AUGAUCUCUACUGAGACGAGCAAAUGCGGGCUCACAGGCCAGAUGCCAGCGUCCACAAAGCCGCACCUCUUCGUCUUCGGUGGGCACAGCGGAAAGGGCAUGGUGAUGGCCACGGAGAUCGCUGUAAGUGAUAGGACAUGUGCCAUUACCACUAUCUCCAAGCGCGGGAAGCCCACGGCUCCUGGGCCAGCGUCGGCCUUUGCCCAGGCCAUGGCGGCUUCUUCUGUCCACUAUAUGGCAGCUUGUGAUGAGAAGGAUGUGAAGGCAGUCGAGUGCUUGAUGGAUUGGAUGCCGCCCUCCCGCCAGCCGAUGCCGGAGGCACGCUUUAACGUGAACGAGGUUAUGGAAGCCGUCAAGAAGGAAAUUGAGGGCAUGAAUGAGCUGCAGCUCGAGCGGGCGCUGCAGACGGUCGUCGGGCUCAAGAAUGCCUCGCAAAAGAACCAGAGGCAGAUCAAGGCUCGGUUGGAGCACAAAGACAAUUGCAGCCCCGAAGAAAGGACCCGCCUGCAGGACAUGAAAUUGGAUUUGGAAGAAAAAGAGGCUGCAUUCUUGGAACUGAUUGCUGACCUACAGCAGAAGAAAGGCGCAGAACAGAAGGCAUCGGGAUGGUUGCUUGGACAUGACACCCACCUGAACCGCAGGCUGUGCAUUUAG